AUGGAGAGGAACGUCCAAUUAGCGUAUGCUUCUAGAACAUUGAACAAAUCCGAGAAGAAUUACGCUCAGAUAGAAAAGGAGGUACUGGCAAUAGUAUUUGGUAUAAAGAAAUUCCACCAAUUUCUAUAUGGAAGACAAUUUUGCCUGAUCACGGAUCAUAAGCCUCUAGUGACCAUAUUCGGACCGAAAUCUGGUAUACCACCAAUCGCUGCCGCACGUCUGCAAAGGUGGGCCUUGAUUCUGAGUAGUUAUCGGUACACCAUACAGUACAAGCGCACUCAGGAACAUGGAAAUGCUGAUGGACUUUCGAAAUUGCCAACAGCAGAAGAGGAGCACGAGGACUCUAGUCAGAGGGAAGCUGGUCUGUUUAACUUACGGCAGAUCAAUAUGUCGCCAGGCACCGUCAAGGGUUUUGUGCGAGAGACAGAUAAAGACAGCCUGUUGAGUCAAGUCAAGAAGCAUGUUUUGUCCGGAUGGCCUAGUGGAAUGGACCAAACCAACCCAUUAUACCCCUAUUUCAGUAAGCAGGCACAGUUUACCUGUUACGCCGGAUGUUUGAUGUGUGGACACCGAGUGGUAGUUCCAGAGUCUCUAAGGAAGCCUGGGGUUCAUGAGCUUCAUGAGGGGCACAUGGGCGUGGUACGAAUGAAAGCAUUGUCAAGGAUACAUGUAUGGUGGCCUCAAAUCGACAAAAGUAUCGAAUCCCUUGCUAAGAGUUGUAUGGUAUGUCAGCAAGAAGGUAGAGCGCCGCCCUCUGCGCCACUACACCUCUGGAGCUGGCCAUCAAAACCGAUUUAUCGCUGCCACGUAGAUUUUGCGGAACCGCUCAUGGGUAAAAUGUCCUUGUUGCUCGUGGACGCAUAUUCAAAAUGGUUAGAAGUGAUCCCAAUGACAACCACAUCUGCAGCGAGCACGAUUGAUGCGUUGAGGAGUAUUUUUGCACGUUUUGGCCUACCAAACCAAUUGGUGUCGGACAAUGGUCCGCAAUUCGUUUCUGCGGAAUUCAACCACUUUAUGAAAAUGAAUGGAAUAAAGCACAUACGGAGCGCACCGUACCACCCCGCAAGUAACGGUCAAGUGGAAACAGCCGUACAAACGAUGAAGAAAAAGCUCAAAGUGAUGCUUUCUGUUGUACAGUAUGAGCCGGAUUGA